UUCCACUCCCUCCACACUCUACCCACCCUUUCCCCCAAGGGUAUCUCUAAACCAUGAGAAUCGCAUACAAUCACCUCUCCACAUAAAUCAACAUCUCCUCAUCCACGCCCAGUAUUAGUCCCCACCGAGGGGUCCAACGCGUGAACCCUCCGCUCAAACAGCCCACCGCAAGCAUAACAACCACAUAACCCUCCAAAAUGUCCUCCCACUACACGACCGAACCAAACCCAACAGCCUCAGCAACGCUGAACACGACCUUCGGCCCCCUCCAUAUCUCCCUCUUCGCCAACCAAACCCCCCUAACAUGCCGCAACUUCCUCCAACACUGCCAGGACGGCUACUACAACGGCACGAUCUUCCACCGCGUGGUUCCGGAUUUCAUCAUCCAGGGCGGCGACCCAAGUGGCACCGGCUCCGGCGGCACAUCCAUCUACGAGGACCCGGAGUUCGAGUACGACCCGGACGCACGGGAUCCGAACGAGAAAGUCGUGCUGCGCGAUGAGCUGCACAGCCGGUUACGGUUUACGCGGCGCGGGCUGGUGGGGAUGGCGAAGAGCGAGGAUGGGAGCUACGGGAGUCAAUUCUUCAUUACGCUGGGGAAUACGGAGCGGGAGCUGAACGGGCAGUGUACGCUUUUCGGGCGGAUCGAGGGCGACAGUAUCUACAAUAUGGUGAAGAUUGCCGAGGCGGAGAGGGUGGAAGGUACCGAGCGGCCGGUUUAUCCUGUGAAGAUUACCUCGUGCGAGGUGGGCGAGUUAGGCCCGUUGGCGGGGAAGAUAAAGAAGAGGCAGAUUACUGCGGCGAGCGGGGCUAGGACAGAGGAUAAGGCUGCGCCGCCGAAGAAGAAGAAGAAGACGACGACGAAGGGGAGCAAGAUGCUGCUGAGUUUCGGGGAUGAUGCGCCAGACGAGGAUAUGCCUAUUCGGUCGGCGAAGCCGAAGUUUAACUCGAGUCUUGUUACGGAUGCAGGUGUAAAUAUCCCCGAAUCAGCAGCAGUGCAAGAACCGAAAUCGAAAUCGUCAAUUAAGCAACAGCAACAACAACAACCUAAGAAGAAACGACCGCGCUCUCCCACCCCCGAUUCUAGACCCAGGCCUAAAUCCCCCGUCCCAGAAGCCCAGCUCCCCCUGCCAGACCCAGAGUCGCCGGAGCGCGAGCGCUCCCCACCGACAGCAAAGCAAUCCUUCCUCUCUCGCACCAAUGCCGAAAUCGAAAACAUCAAAGCCUCCAUGCGCCGCAUAGUUCAUACCGGCGCGGCAGAUGCAGACCACAAGAAAUCCGCCCUGGAGGCCAUGAUCCCCGAGACGGCAAUCCGGGGCCGCAAGCGUCCACCACCGGGCAUGUCCGCUUCAACCAACGGCUCAAACGGGAUAACAGGCUUCAGCAGCUCAGCAGACAACGAUGCCCUGAAAAUAUUCAAUGCGUUCAAAGCCAAGCUUGAGAAUGCCGAUUCAGCGUCCACACCCGCAUCAACGCAUAAACACACAUCCCAGGCUCCCAAGGCUUCUUCCGAGCCACAAGAAGCAGAGGAUGAGGAAGCCCAGCUCUGCGAUCUCCAUUUCAUCGCCAACUGCCAGUCCUGUCAAUCGUGGGAUACCAAUGAAACCGCGGACGGCGGGAAUGCGGGUGCAGCGGACGAGGAUGAAGGCUGGUUAUCGCACGAACUGCACUUUGGCAAGGAUAUGCUUGGUAAGGAUUUGAAAUGGAAACAGGAGCAUCCGGAUGACGCGGAUUCGCUUAUGGUAAUUGAUCCACGGGAACGGGAGAAGGAAUACGUUGGUGGGAAACGGAAAGGUCUCGAGAGGGACAGGGAACGAGAUAGGAAGCGUGAGCGUGCGGGUAAUCUGGAGUGGGAGAAGGCUCGGAGAGGGAAAUAAACUACUGUAUAUGAAUUACUAUGUCUGUAUUUUGGAACCAUAGAACAAUCUUCAUGCCAUGAUGUAGAUCUAUAUAUCUUGGAGCAUUGUUCAGCUCUGCAGACGAUAUAUCCUACGUACAAAGCUAACGCAACAACGCACGGAUUCGUGAAUCUCGUGGGAAAUCAACGCAUGUACACACAUCAAUAAGCAUAGACAAUCAGGUCAUAGCUCGAAGCUCGGUCAUAACUAUGUACUUAGGUCAUUAAAGAAAGGUAAUAAAGCUAAGGACGAGAUCUUGGGAGAGAUUCUUCUGGCGCGCAUCAGAUCAACGAGUAUUUCAACUGCCACAUAAGAACAUCGAAGUGGCACUCCACUUGGACCCCUUCCCAUGCCCAUAUUCUCUCCAUUUUCUUUUUUGGUUGUCCCGUCGUCUCCAAAACACCCUUAACCGUAAUUUUGCCCACCUU